AUGAGGACGGUUUCCUUGCUUGUCACCUGCCUCGUUUUCGCGAGCGUAGUGAGAGCUUCACAAAUCAAAGAUGAAGGUAAACACUUUUUUUAGUUUAUUCCUCUUUUGGGGUUUUUCAGUCAUAGCAGGUGCGGACGUUUUCAGAUCCAAGGCGUUAAUUCAAGAGCCCAAUGGCCCAAUUUUGGAAAAAAAUAUGACAGAUUUAACCUCUCAAAUGUCUUGAAAAUACUGAGAAAAAUGUUCAGAUUUAAAGGCAGUUGAAUCCUAGGGAUAUUGACUGAGUUUUUCUGAAAGCAAUAUACUUGACACAGAAUUAAUUGAUCUCACUGUGUUGGAAUCUAUAUGAUCGGAAAGAUUUAGAAAAGACUGAUAACUAUCGGCACACCACCGGAAUGCUGUGAUAGCAACCUUUAGUUUGGUAAGAUGUUGAAUUGACGAACAGCAGAAAAAGCGGACUGAGAGGGUUCCCUUGAGAAAGGACAAAAUGUUUGUUCAACCUGUGGUUACUACAGUUGAAUUCCUGGGGGGAUUUGGCAAUUUCGGGUGUGAGGGAGGGGGGCUAAGGGAAGUUGUCCAACUAAUGCGCAUUGUUGAAGUUUAGGUUUAUCUACCUAUACUUCCUACCCUUGCCUCUAUUACACAUUAGCUCCAGCCUACUAAAAAGCCUCAUCGUCAUGGUAUACGUGAUAUACGCGAUUAACACUACUCGUCAGAAAGGAGUCAGCUAUGUAAAAAUCGUCUUUAAUUUUCAGUGAUGAAUUCUGAGCAGACUUCGUCAAUUUUAUUUAGCCCAUGAUUUAAUAACGUAUUCCACGGUUGAAAGGCAAAGUUUUUUUACAAAGCACGUUUUCAAGCGGAAAGUUGCCUGCGACUUUUCGGAGUGUAGAAAUUAUUUCAGUUUUAAGCAUGUAUCUUCGAUUAAAAGCUCUCCGGUCUUUUAAUGAAUCUAAAGGAGAAGGGGGAUAUGGACCCCCUGACCUUCCCUUUGAUCCUUCACUGUUGCUUUUAUUGUUCUAAUCGAUUCUUAGUUCUUAUAGCUUUUAGAGUUUUCAUAUGAUGAAUUAUUGUACAUUUUUAGUUUUUAAUUUUUAGAAUAUACUAGGGUCAUGGAUUGCGUACCUGUAAACUAUUGUAGCUAAUUAAGCUAUGCGUAAACUCCACUUUAAAUAAAGUAUCUUGUCGUAUCGUAUCCCUUGCCAUCACGAAGAGAUCUGAGGAAAUACAGAUUAUAAUCAUGCAGAGUCCGUUCAAGACGCGGAAUUUUGCCUUCUGGUCAACCUAAAUUUACACAAGUAAAGCUGUUGAUUCAGCAAGCCAAUGUGAACAGUAGAACAUACUCAAACAUGGAUUGCAGGCAAAAAGAUAGCAAAAUUUCCAAAUGCGUUAAGAUUACUCAGUAUCUGGGACAUUAAAUUUAAUGUUCGGCGUUUGAAUCCGGCAAACUGAAUUAAAGCCGUGCAUCAAAGAAAUUAAUCCAUCAUCAAUAUUCUGACUUCCAUCUUGAAAGUGACGCGGAAAGUUCUUUGAAAACGUCACAAACAAGUCGUUAUUCAAGACAGUUGUGUUUUACCCUUGUUAUAGUCACUUACAACCUUCUAGAAUUAGUACCUUUUUUUGUUCAAAGUAAUCCGAGCUGAAAGCCACGAAAUAAAGAUUACUAAUUAACUUACUAAUUGUAGUUGCGUCUUUGGUAAUUGCAGGAUGGCGAUAAGGUUUAACCAAUGAGCAUUUUUUCCGCUUUGACAUACAAUGGCCCCAUAAGAGUUAUGUUUAAUAGCAUGCCUGAGGGGUCUAGAAGUUCCGCUUUGAGAGAAAAGAUUCAGUUAGGCACAGCAAGUUUAACGCACGUAGGACGCUAUAUGCUUGAUGACAGCGACAGUCAGUGGCCUUCGAUAAAGUAAUAGAUUAUGAUUACAAAGCUUAAAAACUCUUUAUCCAGUGCGAUCGAAUUCAUACAAACUUUUCCACCGUCACACAAUCGAGACUGCAAGUUAUCCCUUUACUCCCUCGUAUGAUCAGAUGUUCCAUUUGCGUUUAAAAAUAACAAAUCAGUCGUGCCAAAAGGAACCGAUGCGAAGUUUUUAUUGGUGUGCUGUAAGAUGGCACGGAAAGCUAAAAUUCAAUUUUCUAUUUUGAUAAUUGUGAAAAAAGAAUAAAGGAAGAAAAAAUAACGACUACUGUCAGUAAUUUUUAGAAUUUUACGUACAUUCUUACUUUGCUAAGCCCCAUUUAACAAAAGAGUAGACGGCCUUUGACAUAAAAGUAUUGCUCAAAGCUCAGUUCAUUGAUGCUAACUUAAAUACUCAUACUCAAGGAUUUUGUCAAAAGCCUAAGUUCUCAGUGAUAAUACACAAGAAGUUCUAACUAAAGAUCUGCUCAGUAACUUUCCCUUUAAAAUUAAAGAUUCUAUUGUACUGAAUUCUAAAUCAGUAAAAGUCAGACCUGCUUUCCGCAGCGUAACAAGGGAAAACAAAUUAGUACCGAGGUAGCAGAGCAAGGUGCAUCAAAAUGCAGAGUACUACUAACUCUCUUAUAGAACGUAAGGCCCAACAAGACAAGCGAGACCCUUCUCUCCCCACUCUAACAGUUGUGGCUUUUUUACCUCCGCAACUGAAUUUGUUCGUUUUUUUCUGUAACUGGUCGGCCAAGUUCCGGAGUAGGCUGUUAAAAUUCAUACCAACUGGCGUGAAUAUUUCAGCGUUGUAAAAGGACAUAUGCUUUCUAGGAUAAACUUAAGAUUAUUACUGCUUUUUCACUGUUUAUUUCAGUCGGCAAAAAGCUAAGAGGAAUAUUUUGUGCCCCGAGGGAGCUAACUGCCAAUUAAACGCUUUAGUAAGAACUCUUAUUGUCUUACUCUAAACAAAAAGUAAUGACCUUGGUUUUAAAAAAAACUUUUAGCUCCUAGAACUGGCCCAUUUCGAUAUUUUAAAAAUCUUGGCUCCAAGGAUUUAAACUUAAAUAAAACAAUAGAAAUAUUCACACUAAGGUUCAGGGAUAGAGUUAGAUACAUUAUGCUAAAAAAAUUGAGCAUUAUACUUUUGAGCGUCACCCUCAAAACAACAGCAUUAUGCUUGCCUAAAAUUAUGCCCGAAAAGUUAAGCCUUAUGCUCGACUGAUCUUGGCUGUAUUUGGUUCCCUUUUCCAUCCACGCAGAUAUGAAUACAUUUUAUCGCAUCGGUUACAAAUUUCGAACUGGCAGCUAUGAUGGAUGGCCAAUUGGGCAGUCCUAACAAACGGCUUGGAAACUAAAAUUUCGAGGACGUUUUUGGACUUUUUACAUUUAGGGCAUGAAUUUUUCGUCAUUUCAGGCCAUGGAACCUAAAAAUGAGCCUAGCUAGCUGUAAAAAGGGGCAAUACGGAGGCAAUACGUCCUAGCCGGCAUGAUCACAUGCUGUUUACGGAAAAUUCCCUCAUCCAUGUCAGGAAAUUCUGUAUUUUAAAGCCUCCCCUAGGGCAUGACUCAGCAACUGAGGACAUUUCUGCUAUGUUUUCAUUGUUGGUUAGCAUGCAAGGAUUUUUCGCAUGCCUAUCGUCAAUGAUUUGCUCACUGGUAAUGGAGGGGGUGGCCCCAGAGUGGUUUUGCAUUGAAAUUGGCAUGCAACAGAAUUUCGCAUGCCCUGUAAGCAUAAUUUGAGGUUCUGUGACCUUCUCACCCAGGCCGCGAGAAGCCUAGGUUCUAGUAAUAAGUAAUUCAUACCCAGCAAAAUCUCCGGCAUGCCGGGCAUGCCAAAUUUUCUGACAUGCCCGGCAUGCUAAAUUCUCUGGAAUGCCGGGCGUGCCAUAAUCUGGGUCAUGCCGGGCAUGCCAAAAUUGGUCUCUGGCAUGCUCUCAACGCACAGGUUAUAAUUCCUUGAAUCUACAGAUAUUUUAAGCCUGGCUAAAAACAAAAAGAAAACUAAACAGAUCACAGUGCUUAUCUUUUGAUGUACGGUUACACGAUGACGUCAUUGCUAUUCCUUUCAUUUUCAUAGAUUUGGUUGUCCCAGAGAACUUUAAAUAACAAAAGCUCUAAUUUUCACGAGCAAGUAAAACCCUGAGGGAUUCGUCCGUAGUAAUAAAACAGCGUCAUCGUGGAGAUGAACCGUUGGGGGAUUGUAAAAACUCCUCACCCCUUUUAAUGAGUCUUUAAUAGGAUUCCCAUUUCACAUUGCGAAUAAAAUGGAAUUGACUGAAAUCAGUAAAAAGAGAGACAGAGACUAUUUUCAUUGUAUAAUAAAAUGCAUCUGUGUUCCAUGAAAGCUUUUAAAAAUACAAGGUUAUAGAAUAUCUUUCAAAGUUCAUUACAAACUGAGCUAAGCCCCAAAAUCAUUGUUCAUUAUUCAGUAAAUUAUGAUGUUUGACAAUGCAAUGUGUUUGAAUAUAACGUUGUAAUUACAAAUCUCUCUAACGCAAUUUUCUCUACGUUAGAAAAGCUGUUAGAAAGUCUGAGUUUCUCUUUCUUGUUUUGUAGGCUUGCCAGGGAUUAAUGUUUUUGUGUCAUUACCAGUGUCUGUGUUCUUUGUUUUUAACUCAAAGUAAGUCAGUAAUAACUGACAGUAUCAAAGAAUUGCUCUCUAGAAAAGUAAUUAUCUCCUCGUCAUGUCUGGAAGUUACCUGUAACAAAAAAGAAAUGGAAUGUUAAAACAUGCAAGGGCAAUAUGAAUAAAGAAAUAGAACAUGUAGACUCAGCUUCUCUUAACAUAUUUUCAUACUGGCUUGUUGAGUCUGUUAAAGGUCGCAACUAAUUGUCUGAGGCUAAUUUCACGAGAGUGUGCAAUUGAGAUAAAUGCAUGGUAAAUAAACUGAAAGAAACGUGGUUUCACAUUAGCCAAUUUACAUUGCGCUGUUCGAUGAUGUUUACACGCUUUUCUACUGCGAAAUAAACCUUUGCAUUUGGAUUUGCAAGUCAAGAUUAUACCGAGUUUGACUGACACUUAAUUAAACAACAGUUUCAUUUUUAAGCAGGUAAGGUGUUGACCCAUAUAAAGCCGGAAUAUGUAAAGGAAACUCAGCGAAAACUUUUUCGUAUCUUUUUGUGGCGAUAUUCUCUCACGGCCCGUCAACUGAUUAGGGGUUGCGAAGAAAAAAUAAAUUAGGACCGAAGGUUAAAGCCUGUCCGGUUACACCAUUUCGUAUGUUACCUAGUGUUCUAAUAAAUAGGUCAUAAAACAGGAUUUAACGAGUGCGAAUUUGUUUCUCAAUCGGUGUAUAAAAAAGUGGCGCUAUCAAAUGAGAAGUUUAUAGAGUAUCAAAACUAUUAAAUUAAAAGCUCACAUAAUUAGGAAAAUUCCUAUACGAAAAUAAUGCUAGUGACAUUAAAUUGAUCAGAUAAAAUUCUCAGAAAAUAUGUCGAAUAAAAGCCUCAUUGUUUGCUUUUGUUUUUGCUUAAAGGUAAAUUUUUCGGCCCACAAAGCAAAGUUGAAAAAGCGACUAAAUCUUAGUUUUUUACAUUGAACAUGUUUAUUAGCUUAGUUUUCGUCCGUUUUAAAAGCUUUAUAACCCAAUCAUAAUUUAAUCAUAAAAUAGUACAAAAUCAUUUCAAAAACCAUGUUCAUUGAAAGUAGAGCCGGCAAACGUGAACAUUUUGUAAUUCAAAAGUCGGACCCAGCCAGGUUGUUUAGAAUUAUUUGCAUUUUAGCGUCCUAUAAAUUUACCAGAAUCGCCUCUCAGAGGCUUACUGUAGCAAAGCAUUUUGUAGUACACUCGUAGACAAGCAAUGUAAGCCUUAAGUCUUUGCUUGGAUGAGAUGUCCAAAAGAAAAAUUAGUUUUGUGGACCUAAACGCACAUUCACAGACUGCUUAUAUUGAGUUGUUUACAACUUUGCAUUGACACACGCGGCAUGUUCAUUUUUUUUAAAGCGAAAUCCAAAUCUGAUUUUGGCAUUUGAUUUACGGAUAUUUUAUUUUGUCUCCAAAAGUGAUUGUAAUAUCCGUUUGAUUGUCUUUCAAACAACAGUCAAACUAUGCAGCAAAAAUAAGUAACUUUACCAGUACAGUGAAAAAAAAAUAUGACCGUAGGUGCCAAAAAUAAUUAUACUCGAGCUAUAAAAUUAGAUCUGACUUUUUUAGCUUCGGUUUCUUAUUAUUGAAGUUUUCUCUAGUAUUCUUAGCAGCAGAAGAAGAUUACAAGACAUACAAACAGAAACAAUCCGAAGUGAACGAGAUGACAACCACUUAUGCCGGAGUUCUUAGGCAUGCUCAACCGCAAGAUAAACUGAAUGCCUAAAGGCUAAUUCACGGGAUUUGUUCAAUAUUCAGGCUUUUUGUUUACCAAAUUAAUACUAAAUUUGUACUUACAGUCUCUCGCAGAGUCCAUUUCUUGUUCAGCAUUCACCAACAUCUCAACCAUGCACCGCAGAAAAAAAAAAAGACAAACAAGUGCGAAGAGACAUGACGACAUCGUGACGCCACAACUGCUACGCUACAACAAACUAGAUUCAUCGUCUUCCGAAAACACUUCUGCGGAAAUUCGGCCGAUUUCGUGCGUGCUCGGGGUAUCUUCGGAUGACGCAGAUGACGUUGCUCAAAGGACUAUCGUCAGCAAGGAGUAAAACAGUUUGCGAGUUUCGCAUAGCCGACAAGGAGCGCACUGAAAAACUAAGCAAAAUCUCUCUGAGAAGGCAGUCCAAAUUCACCAACUCAGAACGUCUUUGCAGUAUUAACGUUGUACUCUCGUACUGACUUGAAAGACCUGGUAAGUAAAAUUUUCACCAGUCUUUUAAUGCUGUCGGCCGGGAAACAUUCCGACGCCAUAAAACUUAAGCAUGGAUAAGUUCAUACUGAGAAGAUUUGUUAUCUUAUUGUUUAAGACGCUUUUCCCCGAUCAAAUUUAAAUCUGGACCCAGAAAUGUCAGUAUCGGUUUGAAAUAAAAGGAUUGAUCUUUGAUUGCAAGUUAAGUAUUCUAUUUUAUGCAUGAAUAAUGUUGUUUUGUUGUGCUUUUUAUUUAUAAAUCCAGGCUUCUGUCUUCAGUUUUGCCAGUCGAUCCCGUGACACACAUUGUGACAAACAUGUCUUUUUUGUUAUAAUCUGCAUUUAUUGCCAGGCUUGAAAGCUGUAACUUCAAGCUCCCUAAGAUAUAUUUGGCGACUAUAUGUGAUUCUCAGGAUAUGAUGCUGAAGCGAAAAUCAAAAUCAGUCUCGCUGGGCAUGCCAAUUACUUGCCUGGCAUGCCGGGCAUGCCAAACCAAGUGGCUUCACCAUCGGCAUGCCCGGCAUGCCAAACCAGAGGAGCAAAAACUGGGAAUGAAUUAUCAACCCGGCGAGAGAUCUGGGACCUAAGGUUGGCUGGGUCAAUUUUGGGCUGCGAGGGCAUGAACCCAUUUUUUCCAUGCCUAUGAGAUGUUAUUUCUAAGUACCAAUGUUCCCUUGAAUUUUGUCAUGCCUAAAUAUAUAAAAUUUUCCCUCUCUCAUUAAUCCUCAGACUGGAUGCGAUUUUUACGCUCGCUAGGCAUGUUCAAAUGAAAAUCAUGCCCAUACCCUUAUUCAAAACAAAAUGCUAUCAAAUUUUAGUUUCCAAGCCGUUUAACAGCCUAACAAAAUGAUGCAACGGUGCAACAAGCUCACUAAAAACACUUGGAAGUCAAAACGUCUCAGUACAGAUAUGGAAAUAUUAUUAACAUUUUCUAAGUAUCAUUAUUGUCUUUAUGCUGAAAAAAAUGGGCGCCCUUAUGCCAUUAUUCCUUCCGAAAAAUUGAUGAACAUUCACGAUGUAAGGCUUGCAAAAUUUAAAUAUCAGUCUGGCACCGUCAAAUAGGCGGACCUGAGGCAGACUUCCAGCGACUUUGUGGAAGUGUGGAAUUAUGGUUAAAGCCGACUAUGGCUCCAUGAUUUUCGUCUAGAAAUUAUAAUUAGCUAGAAAUUAGUAUGUGUAAUCAAAUGGUGACGAGUGAAAUUAGGGAACAUUUUUACGCGCGUCUUGUAGAAAUUAUUAGAAUUUCACAAGUUAAGUUUACCAUUUUAUUACACAUACUUAUUUCUAGCCAAUUUCUAGAUUGCAAAAAACAUCGUUUGGUCAAUGAAAAGCUGCCCGCAGAAGAAAAUCAUGGAGGAACACCUCUUAGAAUCUUUCUUCUUCUUUUUUUUUGGUGCGUUUAGGUUUUUCAAAGCAUGUUUUAAUGCCCUGAUCUUCAUUCACAACAUCGUAAACGCCAUCUUUAAACGUUGCCAUAGCAAACUUGCGCCAAAUUUUUAAGUUGUCACGUCCUUGAUAUUAAUCCAGAAAUUUAAAUCAAACUACAGACUUCACCUUACAAUUUUUUAAAAAUAUUUUCUCCAUUUAUUUUAUAUUACAGGUCAUUCAUAUUAUAUUACAGAUUUGAAUAAUAUUAUUCUUAAGAUUUAAAAAUCGGAUUAAAAGAAUAAAUGGAGAAGGGCAAGAUAUCAGUGAAACUAAUCACAUGCCCUUUGAUUAAAUUACAGUUUCAUUUAGGAUACAAGAGAAAAAAAGAGAGGUGUAUAAAGUAUUAAAUAUAUAAGAGAGAGGAAAGAGGAAAGUACACAAAAAAACAUAGAACGUACGAGGGUCGGUGCGGAGAUGAUUAAUACUUAGCAUGCAAGAUAAUAGUAACUACCUUACAAUUAAGUUGUCUACUUAUAACUGAUUGUUGUUUUGUUCAAGAUCCCACUGUAACUAUUGAUGGAAAACCGGUCCCGAGAGAUGCACCAGGUCAGUAAGAAUCGUAUACCAUUAUGUUAUAGCACGAAGAAAAGACCGCAACAGUUAUGAUCCGAGAAUAAUCCUAAAGGCCGAUUCGCGCUAAUCCAGGAUCAGUAAAAUUUGUUCUACUUUUUGUAUUUACCUUGCUAUACAUUGCUUAGAGUAAGAUUUUGUGUUUUCAUUACUGUAUCUCAGAGUAAAGGCUCUCCAGUGUUUUGCAAGCUUGAGUUAUAUGUUCUUAGACAAGAAAACCGUAUUUAAAAUUUGGCUUAAUCUUAGGGUAAACAUGACCAUCUUUCAAGGUACCGGGCCCUUGUGUUGAUGACUACUAUAUAGUAAUUUAUCGCCUUCCUUCCGGUGGCCAAGUUUUUCAUAAUAGGGAGGUUAAAUACUCUUUUUAAUACUGCAAACGGCUCUCCUCGGUUUGCUGUUUGACACCGGUAAUCAUCCAGAGACGGUCUUGUGCUACCCCAAAUGGACUGAAAACUCAGAGCUCUUUGUCAGUGAGCACAGGUGAAGAAUACUUUUUUAUAGUAGAAACUCGGCUUUCCGUGAUCUGAAAUGCGAUCAACUCGACUUCCAUUUCAGUCAAGUGCAACAUGAAAUCUAACACCAUUCAGCAUACUGAGUUUUUAAUACUCAUGAGGCAAACGAGCAGCCAGUUAUAAAACUUUUUUUAUGAACGAGAAAGCCAACUUCUUUACCUUUAAAACGAUCGCGACAAACGUGAGAAAUGACGAGAAAAAAGUAAAUGUUGUCAUCUGCUGUUAGCCGCCGCGUAAACGUGGUGCUUAACUAAAUGCUCUAUUUUCGGCUACUGUCUUUACAUCGCUAAACACUGAAAACGGUUUGCUCUUCGCAAAAUGUUGUUUUUCAGUAAGAGCUGCAAAACUGCUGAAGAAUUUUUUGUGGUAAAAAAGUUAUUGCUAAUCAUUGUAAUGACGUACAUAACAAUAACAGAAAUAACAUUAUUCCGUCGCUGAUUUUAGCAAAAUUAGACUGCAAAACUAAAUAACAGAUUUAACACAAACUGAUUAAAUUAUAUAAAGAAACUAACCAGGCAAUUUUGCAAAUUUAAGAAUUAAUUCCACCUCCAAUCAAAGAAUUUGAUUCAAACUUUUUCAAAGAUUAGAAAUAUAGUAAAGAAAUUAUAGAUUCAUUAUUUCCUAGGUCAAAGGCAUGAGCCUCAAAAAUAGUAUUCAUCUCAUGCGUUAACACUCCAAUAACACUUAAAAGAAAGAGCAGCAGGCUUUGGCUGCAUGAGCCCAAUAUCUAAAUAUUAAUUUUUUUUCAUAUAUCCAGCAAAAGAUACUAAGACGCAGGAAGAUGAGCUGUUGGAAGAAAAAGGAAAUGAGGAGCCAAUUGCUAAAACUUUUGGUGACGAGGACGCUCCAGCAAAGAGAAAUGGUAAGUUCAAAGAGCCAAUAUUGCACUGUAUGUCGAAAACAUCAUAGAGUGGUUUAACCCUUUCAUUGCCAGAGUGCUUGAUGAACUUUUGUAAGGUGACUCUAACUUUUGAGUAUGUGGACAAAAUCCUGUGAUGUGAAAGCUCUCUGCCUGUACUUACACAUGGUGCUAUUUGUUUAGUAUAAAGUUCUAACAUUUGAGUCUGCAGAGCAAAUCCUAUGAUGUGACCAUUCAAAUGAAAGCUCUCUGCCUGUACUUAUAUACAUGCGGUACUAUUUGUUUUUCAAAAUUUCACAAAAUGAAAUUUGGAAAUUUGGUCGAAAAUUUUCUUUUGGCUAAAUUUGACAGUGAAAGGGUUAAAGGGGCUAUGUCAUAAGGCAAAAAGCUGUUUUAAGUCAAUUCUGCGCCUAAGUCAUUACUUAAUAAUGCCUUUACCCAUACACAGAUUAAUAAUACUCCUGUAGAGAGUUAUGAAGAGGGUAUCAAACAAUUUCAUGGGGAGCUUUAACAAUGGUGAUGCUUUCAGGAUAGCGCUUAUUUAAACUUGAAAAAAGUGGCCCAAUUUUUUCGAUGCCCAUCCUUGACCUCUAAAGGACGGCAGGAAUAUGUCUGGAAUUCAAUUGAUUUGAAAACGUGUUUUAGCUUUUUAAAAAGACAGCAAAUAGCUUGACAUAUAGCUCCUUUAAGGAACAGUUUACACAGUCAAGGCUCUGAAUAUUUUCUGGUUGACGUGAUAUAGUGAGUUACUACUUGUACCAGGGUAGAACCACUACUUGCAUUGAUGUAAGUUUGAGUAUACUCAUGUAUAGGUGCAUACAGACUAAAAAAUCAUGCACUCAAAUCCUCCAUAACCAGUGUGGAACAAGUACACAGGAUUCUACCAGGACGCUGUUAAAAUGCCAAAGAAAGAAAGUGCAUGCAUAGUUUUGAAUCCUGGCCUCAAGAAUAAUUGUUGCAAAAAUUUAAAGGACUGUAAAUAGCGUUGUAUUGCAUUUACCGUAUUUUCCUGUAGAGUGCUGUGCUGUAUUGAAUUGCAUUGUAUUGUUCUGAAAUUUUUGUUCUGAACGAUGCGUGUGAAAUCUGAUAGUCCAUGAGCAAUUGUCUUUGUGGCUCACUGUUUUUCUUCACAUCCUUAAUCGAUUCAUAAACUAAUUAAUCAAAUACUGCCAUGAAUUAAAUGUGACAGAAAUGUCACCUAUUCAUUUUCUUUACCAAGAUAAAAAGAAUCUUGUCAAUGGCGAGGACCUUAAAUCAGAAGAUUUUGAAGAAGAAUCUACAGUCAUUGUUGAUGGAGUAACAUCUGGUUCAUCUGAAGAUGAAAUGGACGAACCUUCCGAAGAUUCCGGACCUUGGGGUAAAACAAAAACUAAAUCGUUUUUCCAUUUCUUUUUUUGUUUACAAUACUUCACCUUACCUAUCUCAUUCCGCUCUGAGUUGCGCAUAAGGUUUCGAUUCAGACCUUGACGUUUAUCUAAAUUUCCGUAAUGACAUUUGUUUUUACAAGAAGAGGUACUACUACUACUACUACUACUACUACUACUACUACUACUACUACUACUACUACUGCUGCUGCUGCUGCUGCUGCUGCUGCUGCUGCUGCUGCUGCUGCUGCUGCUGCUGCUGCUGCUGCUACUACUACUACUACUACUACUACUACUACUACUACUACUACUACUACUACUACUCAGCAAGGUGAAAAACGAAAACGUUGCCAUCCAAAAUCGAAUUUCGGACUUUGACUAGCGACGAAUCUCUCUACCAAAAAACCGAUAAACAAACUAACCAUGAAUAACAGAAGACUCUUGAUAGCAGCUGUAUUUCAUUUUGUACAUCCAGUGGAAAAAAUUAAGACAGUUAAAAACAUAACAAGUUCACACAAAACUCUGUCAGCUUCAGCUGUCAAAGUAAAUAAGUUUCCAGAUGCUGCAUAAAUUUUCCGCAUAAACUCACCUGUCAAAUUUUGACCAAUCAGAACAUUAAAAUUGGACGUAGAGCGUGACAAACGCGUGACCUUGUUAAGAAAAGGUCUUCCCCGCCUGUAUUUCUAAAUAACUGGCUCAAUUUUCACGUCCGAGAUUAGUUUGAAAUAAAAAACUUAAUAGUGCGGGGCCAUAGUGACACAAACACAACAUAUUUCAUUUGAAUUUUUUUAAAAAAAUAAACUUGAGCCUGCGUUCAUUUGAAAACUAGUAACUUGUCAGCGGAUAACUUCAAAAAAGUACUCAACCUCGAUGGGUCGACCCCUGAGCCCGCGAUACAGUCAGGUGAUACUGGUUAACGGAUACUCUGUUUUGACUGCUGUCAAUCGAUCACAACAUUGAUGUGCAAUCAGAUUUCUCCUGGGCUCCCAAAGAAGUUAGCAAGUGUGAAAGUAAAUAUUGGUUUCCCCGUGGUGCGGACGGACGGUCUCUCGGGCGGGCGGUCGGUCGGUCGGUCGGUGCACGGUCACGUGAUUACCAAAUUUUCUGGGAUGGGUAGAUUUACUUAGCUAUGGGGUUCCGCCCGCGGAACGCGCGCGUGCAGCUCCGCUACAACUACAGUGUAAGAUGAUCGGUCCGGUUCAUGUCCGGUUCAUGUUGUUUUCUUUUUUCGUUGUCAAUGUUGCUGUUUCUGCAGCUUCUGAAUAUAUGAUAUUCACACAGAAGCUCAGCACGGUUUGAAUACAGAGUCCAUACACAUCAAUUCACAGAAGCCCAGCCGAGAUUGGCGCCAAGAGCUUUAUACUCUCUUGGCCCAGCCGUAUUACGCAGGUGGUGGUUACACUAUUUUACAUGAUUUUUCUCGCUUGAUUUAAAUGACUCAUCUGUAAAUUCAGAACGCCGUGUUUUUGCCAAUUUUCAACCGGGCGUGGUCUUAACGUAGUCCAAGUGUUCCUGCUGUCUUAAAUGGAAAUCCUACGGUAAAAAAAAAAACAAUGUUACGCUGAAAAUUAUGCUGGCAUAGUUUGGACCGUCAAGGGAUGUCUUGGGCAGACAAAACGAUAAUCAGAGCAAUGUACAUUCCCCUCAUGUGGUGUCGAUACUCACAAUACGCCCUUCUUUCAACUUCAGAUAAAGAUCAUUAAGCGAAUAUCCAUCUCCACUGCUCGAAAGAGCUCCUUAAAAUUAUUAAAUUUACCAAGUAUAAGGUGAUACGUCCUAAGUAAGCGAAAAUGUUGCUCCACAAAGUCGUGUAGUUUUAAGGAAGUUUGUUUGGUGGGAGCGCGAAAUGAGCCUCCACAAUGUUAACGCGGUCUGCAAAAUUCCACAAAGGAGAGGAACUUUACAGAUUUUAAGGCGUUCUUUCUAGCCGUGUUGAUGGUAACUUGAAUUGUCCCUCUAAAAAGGAGAAAGAAACCGUGAAAGGGUCUAUUAAACAACUUUGCACACGAACAAAAUAUUUUGACUGAUAAAAAAUGUUCAGUAUGAGACAUAAAGUGGCUUCAUCUGCAUUUUACUUACAUUGGAACCAAUCACAUUUCACGGGUUCCACUUAGGGCCCCUCAUCGGUAUAUUUUACUAUUACUGGGACGAAUGUUAUGAUUCGAUCUACCAAGAACUUCCUUUUAUUGAGGAAAGUUGAAUCGAGUUUUCACUGUAAUUAAAAUAUAGUGUUACUUAAGCAGUUAUAGGUACUUGUAAAAGUUACUUAACUAUAUGAAAAAGUGUUUGAAAUAGUCCCAGGAUACAUUUACAAUGCUAUAUAACCAUGCUGUUAACCAUAUAUUACCCCAUUUCUAGUAUGGAAAAAACAUCGCCAUAGCUGGUGUACAAUUAAAGGGCGAAAAUUUUUGAGCGGAAGGAAAGGUGUACGACAAACCUUCGCGCAGUGUGCCAGCGAAUGUAACAAAACACGAGGAUGCCAUGCGAUUGAAAUGUGGUUUGCUUAUAACUGGAACUGUUACUGGUGUACGAGACCAGAAUUGAUCAGACCUUACACCAACAAACGUGAUCUGGCCUACCCUGUACAUGUCUGGACACGAGGUAAGUGUUAUCGAUCAUUAGGGAUAUUAAGCUAAGACUUUUAGAGCGACGCACGUCAACCGAAAGUGGACUUUUUGCAUUCCUGGGCAGUCGUCCCGGGGCAGGGGGUCCUCUCUAUGAUGGCCUGUACGGGAGGCUCCGCCCGAAAUGGGUAUCUUUUUCAGGCUUCAGGUAUAUGAAAGGGUAGAGAUUUCACUAGUUGAGGUAGAGGGUAGGGAAAUCUGACAUCUGGGUCUGUGAAAGGGCCCAAAAGGGCUAAUAAAUGAAUUUUAUGGCUUUGUAAAGUCGAGAAAACGUUCUAUUGUUGUGCUUGAUUCCUUUUUUAAAAGACAGUGCAGUUAAAAGGGGUGCAAACUUCUAAACAAGGUAUGUGAAAGCGAGACAUUUGUCAAUAGAAAGUAUACAAAAGGGCUACCUUUUUCGUGAAAAAUGGUAUAUAAAAGGGUAAGGGGUUUGACCUUAGGGCGGAGCGUCCCGGUAUAAAAUUUGUUGAGUCCAACCAACCCCGGCUCCACUGGGCAGUGUGGUUCUACCCACAUGUUUGAGCAAUUUAGCUCAAAUUGUCUUUAUAAGCGUAAAGGCACUUCCGGUUAGCAAUACAAUUUUUUUAGCGUCAAGACAAAUUAAAAGGGAGAAGGACUCACUUCCUGUUGACGUGCGCAUGCGUCGCUCAACACCUCUUGCGUAAACUCCCUAUUAUAAAAACAACAAUUAAGGUCUCUAAUUCCCUUAUUGAGUUUUACAAGAGUGCACUAUUAUUCGUUCUCUGAACUUAAGCCUUUAAUUAUAAAGCCUGAGAAUUAAACUUGCUUAAAUUCUCUGUUGUAACUAGUUUUUUUGCUUUUUUGCUUCUGUUGUUUGUUUGUUUGCUUUUCAUUCAAAGUACUGUUGAUUUCAUGGUCGUCUGUCGGUGAUUUUUCAGAUCCUGAAAAUUAAAAGUUGAAAUUGCCACACUUCAAACGAGGAGCAAAUAUUGUAUACAAAUAUAUAAUGCAUAAUCAGUACAAUCUAUGUGUUGUCAAAGGAUCAUACUUUAAACCUUGAUGAAAUGAACAAAAACUUAUUAUCUCUCUCUCUGACUCUUUUUCCAUGCAGUUAAAAAAACACCUCCAGGUAUGUGCAAUUCCUUUUAUACCUUUAAUUAUCUUCCUUUUUCUUCUUCUUAAGGUUAAACUCGUUUUUUUUAGGAGAUACACAUGUCCUUACGUUGUGAAUAAAUAAUGGUAAUAGGACUGAGUGUUCAAUUGGAUCUCUAAUCAUACGAGUUAUUACGCGCAAGUCCGAUUUGUUUAAUCUGAGAUAAGUCUUUUAUUCUUGACCUAACCACUUUUAAUAACAGCUCAGAGUCUGGAUACACAUCAAUCUAAAAAAUUCAUGAAAUAAAAAAAAAAAGUUCUAAUAAUCAAAAUACCGCAACUUAUCUCGGGUAUGACUACAGACCGAAUUGAACGAGAACAAAAUUUGUAAUAUUUUAGGUUUUCUUAGCUUAAAAAUCAAGAAGUUUCGGUUUCUUUUUUGGUGGCAGUGAAAAAUAGUCAUUCAAGUGCGCAUGUGCGAUGGCGCGUACUGUCCAAUUACUUUGGCAUCACGCGUACAGUCCUAUUAGUGCUGAAUUCAGGAAAGUUGAUAGCCAAUCAUCGUUGAAACUUUUGUUGCAGUUAUGAUUAAUGCGAUAGUCAGCGUUUCACGGUCGAGGGACAAAAAAAUAUGGCAUUGCAUAAUUAUUGACCAAGUGUGAGGCUUCAACACGACUGAAUAUUGGCCUAGAUUUCUGCGUUUUUAUUAACCUUGACGAAGUUGUUGAGGUCAAUGAAAACGCAAAAAAAGAACGAGCCGCCUUGAUCCAUCAAACUUGGUCAUCGAGGGUUGCUGGGCGUUUGGGCAUUCAGAACUCACUGACUGCUAUGUUUUACUUGAGUGACGACCAGUGCAUAGUUGUCCAAUGCACAAAGCAAUCUUUAUUGAAUCAGGUAUUAUAUAAUUGAGCCUGUGCUCUAUCCACUGACCAUGAACUUAAGCAGAGGCUCUUAGGAGCAAGGUCAUAUACUACCGUUGUAUGUUGAACAUAUGUUCUGCAAACUGCUAGUAUCGGCAUCGUCGAGAGCGUACUUUGUGAAAUAAAUAAAAGAGAUGAUGAAGUUUGAGGCUUGCUAACUAAAUGUAAUUGGGUUUGAAAUUAAACAUUUUUCUUUAUUUAUUAUGUCAAAAUGUUGCACGAAGUAUUAUAAAGUGACCAAAAUCAAACUCACAACUAAGAAAGCCGUUUGCUUUUUCGAUUAACACCACCUUCUGUCAAGACGGCUUGUUUUACUGUUUCUGAACGCGAAACCCUUUUCAAGUAACCUUUCUUAUUGAACAAAUAAAGAAGCCUUGAAUGUGCUCUGUUCUAUAGUAAACCACACACGAAGUGGCUAGGGCGCGAAAGAAGUGUAGGAGAGAACACGACACAUAGUCGCGUGUUUCUUCCCGCAACUUCCUGUCGACUGCUCCAAAAAACCGCUUCCAAACUGCUUCACAACAAAACAGGGCACAGUCAAGGCUUCUUUGUUUGUUGUAAAGCGCCAUUGAACAGCAAUGGAAAUGGCGACGUUUAGAAACAACCGUUGUUGUUGUUAUUAUUAUUAUUAUUAUUACUAUUUUUACUAUUAUUAUGCGUAAAUCAGCACAGAAAAACAUACUAUUGACAGAUGGCGUGACAGCCUUAGCUCCGUGUUUGAUACUCUCAUAAAGCACGUGUUUUAAGCCAAUCAGAGUGAGCGUUAUAUCUGAAUUUAUUAUAAAUUCGAUUUAGUUUUCCCUUCUAACCCAUAAACUGAUCUUUGUAGCGGUCAAUGUCACCUGUGAACAGAACGAAAUGUCGAUCAGCCUUCCAAAGUCUCUUCUUAAGGGAUUGGACAGAGAGCAUCUUCGCCUCCGUGAUUUGAGCUGCGGAGCCACGGAAACCAGUACUCACUUCAUUCUUAGCACAAAUCUCACUGGAUGUGACACAGUCAAACGACACACUAAGGGCUUUGUCUGCUACAUGAACAAGGUGGAGGAGAUUCCCAUCAAGCCAGGUCAGAUCAUCACACGAAUUCGGGAAGUGGAAAUCCCCUUCGCCUGUUACUACUCAAACAUGGGAGUCGUAUCCGCCGUCGGCCUUCAAGUCAAAAGCAAGAAAAUCGUCUUUUCGGAGAAAGGAUUUGGAAAAUUCGUAUUGGCACUGGAUAUUUUUCCUACUCCUAGAUUCGAACUCCCGUACAAGAAAAAGGACUUCCCGAUUGUGGUACCGCUGAGGAAGAUACUGUAUGUGAAAGUCAGCGUUGACACGGAAGACGAGAGGCUUCGCGUCCUGGCAGUAGAUUGCUGGGCUACACCGGACCCUAACCCUUUCAGCAGGGGAUUGAGAUACGACCUCAUUAAGGAUGGGUAAUCAUAUUUUCAUCUUGAUGUAUAUAACUUCAACUUGUAUGUGACGAGAAAGUGAGCGAGCGUCCCCAAUUGUUUCUGGGGUCGUUGCUGAGGACGUGCCGGUCAGCUAUUGGCCGACAAGUCUUAGCGAAAGUUAACUCGUCCCAGUUUGCUUCUCUUGAGCAGCAAACGCAACCACUUUAAUUUCGAUGGCAAUUAAACUGCCCACCUGACCCUCCGCUAAGCCAACAUUUUGCCCUAAGUGAGAAGGAGGUGUUAAUGUUGGCUUAGGGGAGGGGUAGGUGGGCAGUACGGCCCAGAAACGUAUAUUAAUCCCAAAUAUCAAGGUUACAAAUUCCAACUGGUAGGAGGCCGGCCAGUUGGCUAUUUACGAGCGCGGCUGAGGAUUUGAACUCGAGGCGAUCCAGAACAAAUCUAGCUAGCGGUCAGGCGCCAAUUGUUCGAAAGGUGGAUAGCGCUAUCCACCGGAUAAAUCACUAUCAACUGGAUAGCGCAAUUGGUUUCCCUAAUAAUUAUCCGAUAGAUAGCGCUAUCCAUCUUUUGAACAACCAGGGCCAGGUCGGAACUUGAACUCGGGAACUCCUGAUUACACGUCCAGUGCUCUAAGCACUUGGGUGACGCUUCCUUAGAAAACUUGUGAUUCAUGUGUUUUUCUGUCUGUUUUAGAUGUGCAGUAGAUAAUACCGUAAUGGACAUUCGAACAUUGGACAAGCGUAUGCAGAAAUUCAAAUUUGAGGCCUUCAGUUUCAUAGGUGACAAUCAGUUCGUCUACCUGCACUGUAAGGUCUUAAUUUGUAACGCAACCGAUCCUAACUCACGUUGUGCGCAGGGCUGCGUUCAACGAAAAAGGAGGGCCGUGGCAACUCAAGUAUCCAAGGACGAGGAAGUACACGUGUCUCAGGGACCAUUCAUGCGUGGAGAUGACGAAGAAGAAACGAAAGUAGAGGAAACAGUGAAAGACAUGAGUGAUACAGAAAAAAGUGGUGAGUUUAUUAAUCGUGAAUUCAAUGUCUGUUGUUCGUUUCACGACGGUCACCUUGACAUUUAUCACGGCAAUUGGACUGCUAUAUUACGAAUGGCGUCGUCGAUUCGACAAUAUUUGUAAGUCUGCUCCGCAGGCGUUGUUGGUGUCGUCACGUUUGGUCACGUCAUGUUUGUAGGGAGGAGCGUUGCGUGAUAGCGACUGAUGAGGCAGUUCAACAUUACCGUAAACUUCUGCUUAUAAGCUCUGGAUUUAUACAACUUUGUAAGGGGUAUUAAGAGGGCUUAUAAACGGAGAGGUCUAUAACCGGACUAAAAAAAAGCGCUUCAAAACAAGCUACAUAAUUAGUGCUUAUCAAAAUAGUAUUUAAAUUUACUUGCUUUUUUAGCUUUUCAAAAAGAUUGAUUUCAUUUCAAUACAAGCCGCCGGUGGGCCUAAAUCCAGGGGCCUUAUAACAGAAUGUAUUUUUUGUUUACAGGUAAAUAGGCCUACAACUGGGGUGGGUUGUAAGUUUACGAUAAGUGCAAAAAUCAUCACCAAAAUGUCACAAAAGUUCUUUGAUAGCAACUUCCAUCUAGGUGCCGCAACGUCCUUCACCUUUAUCAUCCGUUGUAUUCAGGACUAAAAACACCUAUUCCACUGUGUCUACUCGUGACAUCAGUUAUAUUCGGGGUUCAAACGAUUAACUGUAUAAUAUUGUACUCUUACAGGUACGUUUCCUACCCUGGUCGCUGCCAUGGCUAUGGUUGCUGCCGUUUGCAUCAUGGGUGUGUCUUAUUUCGCAUGGAACAGUAGGAAGCGAGGAGCUGUGCGUGAUUACCAGCGACUCACUGUUACCGCUGAAGACUAGAAACCUCAUUUUUGUUUGAAUUCUGUAAUGUUAUGCUUGAUAGGAUAGGAGAUUUUCUGUGAUUAAUUGAGGAACUCAACAAAUACAAUGUAGUCUUAUUGGCAAGAGUUUGCAGUUAGCCAGGUCCGAAGAUAAUGAAUAUCAAAAGCGGAAGGUUUCUAGUUUAACACCUUAUAUUUGCAGUUAAAUAUACAAAACUGGAAUUCAUCUGAGCAGUGUUAAUUAACCCUUUUGUUGGCACAAAAAAGAUAAAUAAUAAUUAUCUUUUUGAAGUGUAACAGUUUAGUUAGUUUAGAUACCGCAAUAAAAAGCGUACUAGUCACUUGCACAUAUCCUCUUCAAUUAAAAUAAAGCCGUUAAACAUAUCAGUAGAUGGAAGAACCCCUGCAAAGUUAGUAUGCCUUACUUAACGUCAUAAAGAGCCACAAAGUGCUCUCCACUAUUAAAAGAUAUUCUUAAGAGACUCUGAUACUGCAAAAGAC